CUGCCUCGCUAGCCCGGCCCGUCGAGUGCUAGGCGGUUCCGCUCGGACUACGGCGCUGGCUCGGGCCCCGCGGUAAGUGGAGCAACAGGCGUAGACCCUGAACGCAGAGGCUUCGCAGUGCGCGCCCGCAACCUCCGCCAUUGUGCUGGACCGCCGGAGUGCGCGGGACGCGGGGCUGGCACCUACCAUAUGGGGGGAUCCAGGCCGAACCAAGUGACCUGCGGAGAGGGUACCCAGAUGGGGACUCCGGUUCGCAGCUUCGAUGCAGCCGGCCCUCGGGCGCACUACGCUUUGUGGAGCACGCACGCACGGCAGGCGGGUGUAGGGAGGUGAGAGGUGGCGGUUGUGCCUGGUCUGGAGAUCCUGGAUAGGGGUCACCCCGACCCCUGAACGAGGGUGCCUGGGCGAGGUUUUGAGCUGGACAGGUCUGAGGAUCUUAUUCGCUCUAGACCACCAAAUAGAGCCUCAGAUUGAAGAAUAGAAGCUCCGGAAAGCAAGGUUGUCCAGAUGGGAGCUGCUUCCUAGGUCUGAGCUUGUCAGCAUCCUCCAACAGCCCGCGCUCCUGAAGUCAAGAGAAGAGCCCUUGCCUACCCAUACCUCCCUAACCCCAUUUGGGGGUCGCCUUCGUCUAUCCAGUCCAACAAAGGAGGACGAUGAUACUUGCGUCAGUGCUUGGAAGUGGCCCCCGGGGCAGGCCUCCACUCCGGCCCUUCCUUGGGCCUGCACUCUUGCUCCGGGCCCUCUCCACAUCAGCCACUGAUACUCACCACAUGGAGAUGGCAAGGGAGCGCUCCAAGACUGUUACCUCCUUUUACAACCAGUCCGCCAUUGAUGUGGCAGCAGAGAAGCCCUCAGUCCGCCUCACUCCCACCAUGAUGCUCUAUUCCGGGCGCUCUCAGGAUGGCAGCCACCUUCUGAAAAGUGCUCGGUACUUGCAGCAAGAGCUGCCAGUGAGGAUUGCUCACCGCAUCAAGGGCUUCCGUAGCCUUCCUUUCAUCAUUGGCUGCAACCCUACCAUACUACAUGUGCAUGAGCUGUACAUCCGUGCCUUCCAGAAGCUGACAGACUUCCCUCCGAUCAAGGACCAGACAGACGAGGCCCAGUAUUGCCAGUUGGUGCGUCAGCUGCUGGACGACCACAAAGAUGUGGUGACCCUCUUAGCUGAGGGCCUACGUGAAAGCCGGAAGCACAUAGAGGAUGAGAAGCUUGUCCGCUACUUUUUGGAUAAGACACUGACUUCUAGGCUUGGGAUCCGCAUGUUGGCCACACAUCAUCUGGCACUGCAUGAGGACAAGCCUGACUUUGUCGGCAUCAUCUGCACUCGCCUCUCACCAAAGAAGAUUAUUGAAAAGUGGGUGGACUUUGCCAGACGCUUGUGUGAGCACAAGUACGGCAAUGCCCCCCGUGUCCGCAUCAAUGGACAUGUGGCUGCCCGAUUCCCCUUCAUCCCUAUGCCGCUGGACUACAUCCUGCCUGAGCUGCUCAAGAAUGCCAUGAGAGCCACAAUGGAGAGUCACCUAGACACUCCCUACAAUGUCCCAGAUGUGGUUAUUACCAUUGCCAACAACGAUAUUGAUCUCGUCAUCAGGAUUUCAGACAGAGGCGGGGGAAUCGCUCACAAAGACCUGGAUCGGGUUAUGGAUUACCACUUCACUACAGCUGAGUCCAGCACUCAGGAUCCCCGGAUCAACCCACUCUUUGGCCACUUGGACAUGCACAGUGGUGGCCAGUCAGGACCCAUGCAUGGCUUUGGCUUCGGGCUGCCCACAUCACGGGCCUACGCAGAGUACCUUGGUGGUUCCCUUCGGCUGCAGUCCCUGCAGGGCAUUGGCACAGAUGUCUAUCUGCGGCUCCGUCAUAUCGAUGGCCGGGAAGAAAGCUUCCGCAUCUGACCCUACCACCCUUGGCCUGCUCACCUGCCAAGCUUGGGUCAAACACCCUGCCAGGACCUUCUGGGAAGACAGGGUGCCACCCUGCUCCACACGCUGCUGCAUCUUGGGUCUUAGGACCCCAAACAAAUGGACUUACAUGGAGCCUGGUCCCAACCCUCCUCAAUAGGGUCCACUGCUUCCUUGUCUCCAGGUCUUGGAGGGAGGAAGUGGGGACCCUUGAGGCCUCCAGCACCAGCUUCAUCUUUCUCGUUCCUGGGGAACCCCAUUUUGACCUGCUGUUUGUUAUUAAAGUUCACAUUUUGAAUGCCCUCUUGGGCCCCAUGUGGGGAGGGCAGGUGAGCUUUUGUUUCUGAUCCCAUUCAGGUUUCCUGAGCUCUUGGGUGCAACUAAUUCAUACCCAGUCUCUUAAUUGUCCUGACAGCCUGGCAGACCAGCAGUAGAAUUGGCCCCAAGUCUCUUGCACAUUUGAUUUGGUGGGAGUAGGGGAGACUCAGUCAGUUUGUGCAAAGACUUUUCAUUCAUUUCAUUUAACAAAUGCGUCUGCUUCCCAGACAAUGUGACCCAGCUUCAGGCCUCAGUUCUGACUCUUUCCUUCUUGGCAAUCACAGGUUCUGCCUCUUGGCAGUCACAGGAGGUGAAGGUCACCAGACUGGGCAACCUCCUAAGCCAUCUGAUUCCUGAGCCUGAGUGAGGUUAAAAAUAUUGCCUACCACCUGUGCCUAUUGCCUCCAAAGAAAGGAACACUCCAGAUUGUGCCCGGGCAUGCCCUGAGGAUGGGGCCCUGGCAGGGAAGCAAAGGGGCUCCACAGAGCAGUGGGGCCUUCCUGCCCAUCUUGCCAGAGAAAGAGAAGAAAGGUCCAAGAGCCUGCUUGGUGGGACUGCUGAUGGAGGUGAGGGAUUGAGGGGGAUAGGCAACCAGGGACUUGCUGGGCUGAAAAUCCUGCUGGCUGCAAUGCAGGUGGGUGAGGCUGGAGAGGUAAGCAGCAGCAGUCAGGGUGUAGGGCCUUGACUGUACAGCCAAGGACCAUGAGCUUUAUCCUGGAGGCAGCAGGGGUCCAUGCAUGUGUUUUAAGCUGGGAAAGGAUGUAUCAGGUUGAGUUCCCUAGAAGCAGACCCUGAGAUGGAGAUCUGCAUCCAAGUGAUUGGUUGAAGAAUGUUCCUGGAAGGGAGUAGGGGAAGCAGGAAAAGGAAGGGCAGGAGGCCAGGCAAGAUUCUCAGACAAAAGUCCAGAGUCAGUAAGUUCUUCCACAGAGUUGGAGGCAAGAGAGCUAAGCUCCACAGACACUGGGUAAUGUAUGUGUUGGGAGGUACUUGAAACAGUUUUCAGCUAUCUUAGGCAAAACAUCUCUUAGCCAGAGGGGCAGUUCACCAAAGAACCUCUGAUGCUAUAUUUUGAAAGCAUAUAGAACAUAAUCUGGGCACACAGAAG